AUGAAAGAAAAUAAAGUAUUAUCAAAUUAGAUGAACAACAUAAUAUAAAAUAGAAUAGAAAUCUUUAAUCUCAAUUAUCAUAACAAUCACUAAGAUCUUAUGAAGAUUUUAUUAGACCUAUUGAAGAUUUAUCCUCAACUAAUUUGCCAUCUAAUUAAUUACAUAAUUUUCAUACUACAAGUGAAAUUAAUUAAAAUCUAAGUACUCAUUAAAAUAGAUAAUCAUAAAUUAUUACUAGUUACAACAGCAUAAGUCUACAUUAGAAUAGAAAAAAUGUUAACAAAAAUAAUGAUCUUCGUUUAAUGAAGGAAUUUAUAAAAAAGAAUAAGAAGUAUUAAACUGAACUUGAAGAUAAAAUAUUUAAUAGUAGUCAAAAAUAAGAAGGAGAAGUAUUUGAUGAAACAAAAUAUAAUUAAAAUUUCAAUUAAAUUAAUUAGUCUCAAGAUUUAAGUGAUGAUUUGGAUCUACUUCCUUCUCUUACUUAAAGAGAUUAAAAAGCUUAUAAUCCAUAAAUUUAAGAAUCAGAGAUUCAUAACUCAAUAAUGCCUGAAUCUAUAUCAAAUAAUACCACUGCAAGAACAUUAAGAAAUACUAGUAAUUAUAAUUCUGUUCAUCCUAAAAAAUAGAAAUAUGAACAUUAAGAACAAUUUACAAAUGAUAAACAUGAAUAAUUGUAAACUAUAAAUGAAAUUUAAAGAAAGAUAUCACCAAGUUUGAUUAGAUAAUCUUCAAUCAAAAAUGAUCCAAAAUUUACUGAAAAUUAAUAACAAUAAAAACAAUUAAAAGAUUUUCAAGGGGAUAAUAAAGUAUUUAAUUAAUUACAUUCUUAAAUACCAGAAAUAAUUGUACAUUAAGAACAAAAACAUGAUGAAUAAAUUAAUAAUAAUUAUUCUUAAAAUUCUAUUGAUUUACCAUCAUAAAGAACAAAAAACACUUAAGGAAUUAAUGAAAAAUCUAAAAGUUCUCUUAAAUCCUCAAUUAAUUUUUCUGAUAAUAAUAAAUAAAUUAUAAAAGAUCAUUAAAAAGUUGAAUUAAUAAAUAAAUCUUAAGAUAAUUAAUAAGAAAAUAAAAGAAAUAAAAAUAAAUUUGUUAAAUAAGAAGCUUUAGAUGAAUCAAUGGAGGAUGAAUCAGAAUAUGAUUCAGAAGAUAGUGAAGUUGAAUAAUUUAGUAAUUUUCAUAUUAAGAAAUAAAAUAAAAAGAAAAAAGCAAAAGUUUAAUCAUUAUCAACCUCUAAAUUAGAAAGAAUGGAAGAUCAUAAAAGAUAUUUACAAUUUUUGAAAGAAGAACUCAAAGAAAUGUUAGAUAAAAAAGUAAAUUUAAAAGAAAUUAAAGAACAUAUUAAUAUAAUUCUUAGUGAAAUAGGAGGUUUAUGUUUAGAUUAAGAAUUAGAUUAUUACAUAUAAUUAUGUAUAUAUUGAAUAUAUUUAGAUAAAUCAAGAGUUUAAGAAUUGAAUUAAGUAAAUUAAGAAUCUCAUGAAAUUCGAUUUUAAAAUUAAUAACCAGUUUGUGAAUUGAGAUUAAAAAGGGAAAUUAAAGGAUUAAAAUUUGCCAAAGAAUGUGAUAGAAUAACAAAGUUGAAACCUACAGAUAUCGAAGAAAUAAUAGACACUUAAAGGUAUUUAUUUAUUAUAAAUAUAUUUUUUAGAUUAAUAAAAAUAGAAGAAGAAUUAAAUGAUUAGGAUGUUCCUACAUAUUAAUAUUCACCUUAAUAUCGCUAUGAAUCUAGGCAAUCUCCAUUAUAAACUAAUAUUAUAUAAGUUUCAUUGGAUGUUACAAGAAGCCAAACACCAAACAAAAAAAGAAUAUACAGAACUAAUCCAAGAUUUGAAUCUGAACUUACUAAUUAUAAUUAAAGAAAGAAAACACCAAUUAGAAAUAUAAAGAAGUAAAAAUAGUCAAAACAUAUAUAACAUAUUACAAUUAAGAAAGAUCCUCUUAAUGAUAAUUUUCCUUAUCUGAAUAAAUACAAACCAGAAUUAUUGAAAAGUAUCCUAGAGGCUCGUAUUAGUUUAGAAUAAUUGAUUUGA